AGAGCGUUCGUCAACCGUAUAUAAGCCACGAGAGGGUGACCAUUAGCACCACAUGUUGUGAAAUAACCAAAGUAAUAGCACGGAUAAACAUGGCCAAGUUUAUUAUCAUCAUGUUAGCGUUAGUCGCUGUUGCAGCGGCAUAUCCAAGAUAUGAAUUAAGUGAUGGCCACGGCGGUGAACAUAGCAGUGGAGGCUCCAGCCACGACAGUGGCUUAAGCAGCCAAGGCGGUGGUCACGGAGGCCAUGAUAGCCACAGUGACAGUAGUCAUGGCGGACACGAGGACCACGGUAGUCAUGGUGGACACAAGGACCACGAUAGCCACAGUGACAGUAGUCAUGGUGAACACAAGGACCAAGGUAGUCAUGGUGGACACAAGGACCACGAUAGCCACAGUGACAGUAGUCAUGGUGGACACAAGGACCAAGGUAGUCAUGGUGGACACGAGGACCACGAUAGCCACAGUGACAGUAGUCAUGGCGGACACAAGGACCACGUUCACGGUAACCACUAAGAUCAUGGCAAAUAUUAAUACGUAUCAUAAGUUAAAAAAGAAAUGUUUUUUAUAUAGAUAUUUUUUUUAAAUAUGCGAUUAAUAUUUUGAUUAUAACUUUUGUCUAAAAAUAACACUGGAGAUUAAAAACAAAGAAAUUCAUUGA